UUACACGGGUCCGCCAUGCUGUCUGCAGCCAUGGUCUUCCCCAGAUUUGGAAUUCAGUGGAUUCGGGACACCAGGAAGAACGGAGCGUGUGCUUCUCAAUGAAUGAAACUAAACGACAAACUUCGUUCAUUCAUUCAACUUUUCGACGAAACUUGACAGUGUCCGCCACGCAUUACACGUUACCUUGAUCGAGCAGCUGGAAAUAUUUGCUCGAAAGUGUGUGCACUUGUCUGUGCGUGUGCAUACCCAACUCCAGCUGCGGCCGAGUGUGUGUGUGUGCGUGUGCGUGUGCGUGUAUGUGCGUGAGGAGCCCGCGUGAGCCAUGUCAGUGUCAGUGAUCAUAAAGUGGGGAGGUCAGGAGUACUCCAUCAGUUCUCUGUCUGAGGAGGACACAGUGAUGGACCUGAAACAGUCCAUUAAGACCUUGACUGGGGUGCUGCCAGAAAGACAGAAACUACUGGGACUCAAGGUGAAAGGUAAACCUGCAGAGGAUGAGGUGAAGCUGGGCUCUCUGAAGCUGAAGCCUAACACCAAGAUCAUGAUGAUGGGUACCAGAGAGGAGAGCUUGGAAGAGGUUUUAGCCCCUCCCCCGGAGAAUGAUGAUGUAGUCAAUGAUUUUGACAUCGAGGAGGAGGUCAUUGAAGUGGAGAACAGAGAGGAGAACCUGGCUAAAAUUGCCCGCAGAGUGAAAGACUAUAAGGUGGAGGAGCUGAAUCCUCCCAGAGAAGGCAAGAGGCUUCUGGUACUGGAUGUGGACUACACGCUGUUUGACCACAAGUCAUGUGCAGAAACGGGUCAGGAGCUGAUGAGACCAUACCUUCACGAGUUUCUGACAUCCGCCUACGAGGACUAUGACAUUGUCAUCUGGUCUGCUACAAGUAUGAAGUGGAUUGAUGCCAAAAUGAAAGAGCUGGGAGUGACUGACAACCCCAACUACAAGAUUACGUUCAUGUUGGACAGCGCAGCCAUGAUCACGGUACACACCCCUAAGAGAGGGGUUGUAGAGGUGAAGCCCUUGGGUGUGAUAUGGGGGAAAUAUGGAGAAUUUUACAACAGGAAGAAUACUAUUAUGUUUGACGACAUUGGAAGAAACUUCCUCAUGAACCCUCAGAAUGGACUGAAGAUCCGACCCUUCAUGAAGGCCCAUCUUAACAGGGAGAAGGACAGAGAGCUGUAUAAACUAGCUCAAUACCUCAAAGAAAUCGCCAAGCUUGAGGACUUCACUGGACUCAACCAUAAACACUGGGAGAGGUACCUAUCCAAGAGGCAGCACCACUGAGAAAGGACUACAUCCCUGCCACCGCCCCUGCAUCCAGUUCUCAUACACAUAGACUUGACUAUUAGAAGGUCUUCAUUUCAAACCUUACCACAAAUCCAACACUAAUCCUGCAGCUACCAACACUCAAAAGCUCAGGACUGAGAUGGGCUUCCCAAUUAUAUGUUUGCAUGUUAUCUGUCUCUCCAAGAUCUUGAUCAUUUUUCUUCCAAAUAUUGUUUGCAUUUACUACACUAACAUUGGCAGUUACUGCAUGGUAACCAUAGAGUAUACUUGUGUGGGUUAAAGAACUACACAUAGGUUUUAGGCCACACGCCACAAGCCACGACGACCCACAAAGUCCUGCAUCAGUCAGGUGUUUAAAAUACAUCUUGAAGUCCACGGUUAAAAAGUACCUGCAAAUAUUUGAUAUCUUUUAAAGAGUGGCAUGGUUUGCUGUGACUGUCUAGGAAGCUGAGGUGUUACCCCUUGUGUAUGCUGAAGUGACGAAGAUUCUGCAUUGAAAUGCCAAUAAGCCAGGAAGAACUGAAUGAAAAAUUCAACAGGAAGAAAUCCAUAUACCCACAGUAUAGGCAAUACCAAAUAUGAUUUUCACUGCAACAGAUCUGGUAAGUCCAUUUUUUGCAAAUUGCAGUGGAGAAUUAAAGUGGAAAAUUUGAAUGGGACAUUGUGAGAGGAAUAGUCCAAAACUUUGAUAAAUCCAAGUCCUUGAGCAUCAAAUUGAUGCCUUUAACCUACACAAUUUGACGUGUGCUAAUACGCAAUAAUCCUUAAAGCUGUCGUGAGAUUAAAAGAUGUUGAGAUCAAGACUGGUUGUAGCUAAAAUUUCAUCAAAACAACUGUGCAUCUGUCGUUUGGUGUCACUUGUAUAGAGUGGUCACCUGACACAAGCCUUUCGGUUGGAUGUUGUACGUGAACAUCAUGUACACAUAGAUGGUCAAGUUUCCAUGGAUAGGUUUGUUUGCAUGUUUGCCCAGAAUUGUUUUUGUGGUGUGCACAUUUAAUUGUUAAGUUCCGGCUAAGAUGCAUUGCUGGACGUACACACUCAUAACAUGCAAAGAAUGAGUUCUUUUUUUAUUUUUAAUGCAGAAUUUAUUAGCGUAUUUUGUUUAGAGCUUUUCUUGAUAACAUUUGUUAAAUCCAAAUGUUACUGAACAAUGUGAGGAUGACGGCUGAUGAUGGGAAAUAAACUAACAGCACAAAACAUGUUACAUUUAGUUUUUUUUUUUGUUUGUUUUUUUUGUUUGUUUUUUGCAAGUUCUGAAAUUCAUGUGUCUGUACUUAUUGUCAACAUUAAUUGUAAGUUAUGGAUGAAGAAGGGGAAGUGUCAGGCGAAGGGAAACAAAAUAAGUUCCCGUGUGAACAAUUGGCACUGGAAGCUCUUGGAAACAUUAGGGAUGUGAUUUUUCACAUUUUGUCUGGUUUACAGCUCUGGUUGGACAUUCAACUCCUUUGCAUUUCCUGACAUCUGCCUUUUUGUUUUCCUCAUCACAUCCCUAACAUCCUGGCUGUAAAUAUGACAAUAAACCUUUUUUUUGUACCUAAA